AUGGACCCUCCAACACCCCCUGUAGGCACAUUUGAUGUGGAUGUGGACCUUGGUUUUGCCCUUUUCUUCUUUUUCCUGCUCUGCUUUUUCUUGUUGGUGGCCAUCGUCCGCUGUGCUCAGAUGGUGCUGGACCCUUACAGUGCUAUCUCUGUCACUACACACCAGGAGGAGCAAACAGAGGACUGA